AUGGAAAAUAACUCUUACCCCGACAAGUUCCGUUUUCUGGAAUCCCAGAAUUCCCCAGAAAGGUCCGAUCCACUUCACAACCCCUUAGGCAGGAAUGAUUUUGACGAACAGUUUUACUGGGUGAACCAACAUAUGAGGCACCUUUGGAGUCAUUCCAACCCUCCUACGUCUGCCUCUGGCACAACAUCAACAACCGAUACACCCUAUGGUACUUUCCAACACUCUUUUCAUCCAUUAAAUCAUACCAUUAGCAAUGAUUCUAUUGCUAAGAACCCAGUGUCUCCACAUCUCAAUCAUUUACCUCAUCGUGCAGGCAUCCUUGGAAGCAUACCUACCUCUGAGCCUCAACGUUUGUCAGGUAUAGCCUCAGUACAUCAAACAAACGACCAUUCUAUGAAUACCCUCGAUCCAUUAACUUACAUGGAGGGUCCAUCUUUUGCUCAAAAUAAUAUACAUGUAGAACAUUCCAAUCACCCGUCGAUGUUCCCUUGUCCGCCGUCGGCGAACAAUAUAAUGAACGAGCCUCUAGAAAAUGUUAAUUCAGUUCCACCGUUUGAACAGCCAAUGGAUCAGUCGUUGUUACGAGAUGGUACUCCAUUAUACCGUGUUUGCUCCGCUCCUGACCCGCCUACAGUUUCGAAGAAACCAUCAGUGAAGUCUUCAAGCAUCGAAAAUCAAUCUUCUUCGACAUCCAACGCUUCUCCCGAGUUUCGAAGCUCAAAAACUUCUUCCGCUUCUUCAAAUAUGGGUGCGUUUGAAAAAGUUAAAGAAAAGUUGGGUGAAGUCAAGAAAAAGCGUCAGCAAACAAAGCACGCGUGUGCAAAAUGCCAACGUGACAACAAAAAAUGCGACGAAUCCCGCCCUUGUAUACGUUGCCGAAAAACAGAAUGUGAAGAUCAAUGUAUAGACAUCCCUCGCAAAAAGCGUCCGGUGGGGAUGAAACGAGGCCCUUACAAAAAAGGAAGCAACUUAACUGCUUCUACACGACGCUCUGAUCAAGAAAGGUUUGCUUUAUCACAGAAAAAAAAGUCUAAUAGAAUGGAAGACCCAUUAGUCAUUAAACCUUCUGAGAAAAUUCCGAGCAACAACGAGUCAUCUUUGGCAAAUACUUCACAAGACGUUCCUUUCCUUGAGUCCAACGAAGAAAGCGAUUGGCCAAGAUCCAGAGUACGUAGCUAUACAAAUCCUGUUGGAAGUGCUGAAAGUAUGCACUACAAUUUACCUGAGGCUCUUCCGCUAUAUCCGCAAGAUUCUCCGUCUAUUACUGAAUCCAGUCCUUCGAAAAUGGAAGUUGAGUACCCUGAACUUUCGAUCCCUCCGGAUUUCUCAGCCUAUACGAUGCAUACUUUCCCACCUCAACCUGUGAAUCCAACGGUUCCCAGACCCGAUGAAUAUGUGGCUCCUCCAUGGCCAGUUCAUGACCCUUCCAUUGUUCCACCUCAUUUGGUGCCUCAAGUAGAAUAUGAACAUCCCCCUGAAGUAAAAAUGGAAGACGAAAACCAAUCGGUUAGGGAGAGCUCACAAACUGGCAAUGAUCCGAUGCAUCCUUCCUACCACCACAUGAGUUACGGGACAAGCCAUAUCCCAGAAGCCGAGCCAUAUGCCAACACCCAUUCUAUGUUUGAUGGAAUGAACCAUCUGGACCAUGCUGUUUCAAAUGACUCGAGCUAUUCGCCUCAUGAUACAAAUUUCACUUCGCCAUUUAAAUCGGAAGAACAGACUGCAUUACCCGAAACACAUUAUCCUUUUCUCCGUGGAAGAAUACAUUCCUUUUCCAUUGCUGCUGAUUCACCUCAUCAUCUCGUAGAGCGUCCUUGCCUUCAUUGCCUUGGUGUGACCGAUAAUCCCGAUGAACAUGCGAAUUUGGCGGAUCUUCGUGACAGGCAACAGCGCGAAUUGGAAUUUACUUCUAUGUUGUUGUUUCAUGAUCACCCUUCAUAUCACGCUAGACCCGACUUGAAUUUCCACGAAGUCCUGCAUCCUGAACAAUUUGCAUACCGGAAUCUCCAUCAUGAUCAUGGCGACAAUUGUGAUUAUUAA